AGGCAGAGUCACUCCUCGUAGAUUCUCCAGCUGUGCUCAUCGCCUGCAGGUCAGCUCCACCUCCACGUCUCACCAUGACUCUCACUCUCACCCGCCAGGGCAGCUACAGCUCCCGUAGCAUCUCCAGCAGCAGCGCCAUCAGCUUGAGCGGAGAGAUGCAGUUUCUCGGAGCCGGCCAGACCCGCAUCUCCACGGGCUCCUUUAAGAACCGUGCACCUAGCGUGUACGGGGGAGCUGGGGGAUACGGGACUCGCAUCUCCCAGUCCCACUCUGUUUUCUCCUCCGGGUCACUGACCCCGUACGGCGACACGGCAGUGAUCAACAACGAGAAGGUGACCAUGCAGAACCUCAACGACCGCCUGGCUUCCUACCUGGAGAAGGUGCGCUCCCUGGAAGCAGCCAACAGGAAGCUUGAGCUGCAGAUCAGAGAGUUCUACGAGAAGAGAGCUCCUACUGUUUCCAAGGACUUCACCAGCUACUUCGCCACCAUCGCUGAUCUCCGAGCUCAGAUCUCGAGGAAAUAUGCAGAGAAUCAAAGAAUCAUCCUGCAGAUUGACAAUGCUCGACUGGCUUCAGAUGACUUUAAAGUAAAGUAUGAGAUGGAGCUGAACAUGCAUUCACUGGUGGAGGCCGAUGUGUCUCGUCUCAGAGGAGUCCGGGACAGCCUGACUCUUUCCAUUAGUGACCUGGAGGUGCAACUAGAGGGUCUGAAAGAAGAGCUGGUGUACCUCAAGAGCUCCCAUGAGGAGGAGAUGCUUCAACUUAGGAUCCAGCAGACUGGCACUGUUAAUGUAGAGGUGGACAGCGCAGAGUCUGUUGAUAUGAUAAAGGUCCUGGAGGAAAUGAGAGAGCAGUAUGAAGCUGUGGUGAUGAAGAACAAGCUGGAGCUCGAGAAAUGGUUCCAAUCUAAGGUGGAUGUUCUCAAGACACAAAUCACUACAUGUACAACAGAGGUGAAGACGUUCCACACGCAGCUGUCAGAGCUGAAGAGGACCUAUCAGAGUUUGGAGAUAAGUCGACAAAGCAUCAUCACAGAGAUUCAGUGCAUGCAGCAGAAUAUGGAGGAAGUGAAGAGUCGAUACAGUAGUCAGCUCAGCCAGCUGCAGGGGACCAUCAACAUGCUGGAGGUCGAGCUGCAGCAGCUGAAAGUCUCCCUCGAGCAGCAGCAAACGGAUUACAACCUGCUGCUGGACAUCAAGAUGAGGCUGGAACUGGAGAUUGCUGAGUACAGGAGGCUGCUGGACGGAGAGCUGCACGAGACCAGGCAUUACGAACAAAAAAAGGCUGUGGUCAUCAGCAAGGUCGUGGAAGUGGAAGAGCAUAAGCCCCACAUCGAGAGGAGAGUGAAGACCAUCGUGGAGGAGAUCAUUGAUGGAAAGGUGGUGUCCUCCAGUGUUGACACCCAAGUGGAGGACAUUCAGUAACACCUCUGCUCACCUCUGCUGCCACUAAACCUAUUUUUUUCCAUGUUGAUUUGGCCCCUAAAUGUCAGUUGACUCAUAAUAUUGGCUUUAAGAAUAAUUAGUCAGCUGUUAACUUGUCAAUUCAACCAAACAAAUCCCUUUAUCUAGCUUUUUAAGGAGGUUACUUUGGCAGGUUCUUUUUUUUCUUUGAAUUAUAUUUAUAUAGCAGGGUUGCAGCAAGUGAUAAUCUUUCCAUGGCAGAUGCUUGUUCAGAUAAGUACGAUACCAAAAUAUGAUUAAAAUCCAGAAAGCAAAGAUAAGGAUGUGUAUUCUUAAAUCAAAAAUGUGUAUUACAAUUCAGAAAGGUGGGUUAUAGUUUGUAUUUGGAUGUUUCAUUAACAAAUGUUAAUCAUAGCAAAACUUAUAACAAAUGAACUGUAAAAGGGAAAGGAAAGAAAAUGAUUCAAACUUAGUAAUGUUUUUGUUGUAUGAGCCCAGAUUGGUGUCUCCUGUAGUUUUCCUUUGCAGAUACUCUUGUGAAAAUCAUUACAAGAAACUAAAGUAAAGCAAAAUGUGCCAUUCAUUUUUCUUGUAUUAUUUAGGGUGUAAUGUCACUCAUGGCCACCAGGUGUCACUUUGUCCUCUUUAAAAGUGAAGUCCUGGCACAACUUUACUGGAUUGCAUAACCUUAUUUUGCUUAAUUGAAAACAGAUUGUUGCUGCACAAGAUAUGUUUAGAAGUUAUAGUUAUUUUAACUGGAUAAUAAACAAUGGUCAGCAAAAAGCACAAAAUCAAGGCAAAAUGUUUAUGCCAUGUUGUACACUGUAGAACUAUGUAUAGUGUGUCAUAUGUCUCAAGUAUAGAUUUAUUUGAGUGAGGUUUUUGGUCUCCCUUGAGUCAUCAAAGCCUUCUUCAUUUGGGUGGAGCUGAAUCAAGUGGAGACUUGAGAUGUCCAUUCAUCCAAACAUUAGUGAUUCAUUGACUUUACGGCUUAAUCUGUCAGUCAAAAUGAGUCAAGAAGACUCCCUUUCUUUCAGUGCUUUUGUGCUAUACUCUAUUAACACAUUGUUGCUAUUUAUCAUCAGUGUUUCAGCAGCUAGACAGGACAAAAUCACUUACAAAAAACACAUGGUGCACCGCUGUUGGAACCUGACCCCUAACACAUACAUACAGAAAGUCCCAUUUAAAACUGGUGGUCAAAUUCCCUGCGAAUGUGCUUUUUUUGCUUUUGCACUUCUUUUAAGAGUGAUUCCCAAUUUUACCUGCUGGUGUAGAAAGCUUCUGGUUGAUCUUCACUUUGAUGAAUGAAAGAAUAAACUCAUUGUGCCUCA